UCCGUUAUACAUCGGCUAGGAGCGGUAGACGGCGGCUCUGCUCUCUUUCUCAAGUAAAAAAAAAAAAUCUUAGUUUUGACGGGAAGUUCGUCUGUGGUUUUGGACCUAAAAUCAAAGGUUGCCGGUCUGGAUGGAGUUGGCGAGGUGUUUCCCAAACCCCGCGCGCGAAUAGCCUGCGUUUUUCCUUUUCUUCCACGGACGGUAAAAAGUCUCUGGUCGACUUUUCCAGUUUUGUACGGCGAAGAACGUGGCUCCCCCCUCUUCGUGCCCCGUUUCUGCUCUCGCUAAACACAGUAAGAACCGCGGCGGCGUACUUUCCGUCCUGCUCGUUUGCCCGCGCCUCCACUGUGUGGGCUAUUCGGGGACCUAAGCGUCGUACACGGGUCACCAUGAAUUCGGAUAUUAACAUGUACCUGGGACGGGAGAAAGCGGGAAUCAUGCGAAAGAGAGCCCUUCUGCUUAGGAAAGGAUGUAGCUUCGAAAUAACGAGCUCCGCCUCAGAAGACCUGGGGUGCAGACGAGGCGAGUUCAGCCGGAAGCACUACGGAUCAGUGGAACUGCUCAUCUCCAGUGAUGCAGAUGGCGCCAUUCAGAGAGCCGGGAGGUUCAGGGUGGAGAACGGGUCAUCAGAUGAGAUGACAGAUUACACCCCAGGAACCUGGAAGAGAACAGAUGUCCACCUAGAGAACCCUGAGUACCAUACCAGAUGGUUCUUCAAGUACUUCCUAGGAAAAGUCCAUCAGAACUAUGUUGGCGUGGAUGCAGAGAAGAACCCGUUCUACCUGUCUGUGGUUCUGUCGGACCAGAACAACCAGAGAGUUCCCCAGUACCGGGCCAUCCUCUGGCGCAAGACGGGUACACUUAAGAUUAGCCUCCCAUACAGCCCCACAAAAACACUAUCAGUCAAGUCCAUAUUAAGUGCCAUGAACAUGGAGCGCUUCGAGAAAGGCCCCCGGGAGAUCCUCAACCCGGAGAUCCAGAAGGAUUUACUGGUGCUGGAGGAGCAAGAGGGCAGUGUAAACUUUAAAUUUGGAGUGCUUUAUGCCAAAGAUGGUCAGCUGACAGAUGAUGAAAUGUUUAGUAACGAGCUGGGAAGUGAGAACUUCGAUAAAUUCUUGAAUCUGCUUGGGGACACAAUCUGUCUGCAGGGCUGGGCAGGCUACAGAGGAGGCCUGGACACUAAGAAUGACACUACAGGAAUUCACUCCAUCUACACAGUCUAUCAGGGUCAUGAGCUCAUGUUCCAUGUAUCCACCAUGUUACCUUACUCAAAAGACAACAAACAACAGGUGGAGAGAAAGAGACAUAUCGGGAAUGACAUUGUCACCAUCGUAUUCCAGGAAGGAGAUGACGCCUCACCAUCCUUCAAGCCCUCUAUGAUCCGGUCCCAUUUUACACAUAUUUUUGCCUUGGUUAGAUAUAACAGUCAGAAUGACAGCUACAGGUUGAAGAUUUUCUCUGAGGAGAGCGUACCACUCUUUGGACCUCCCCUUCCUUCCCCACCAGUGUUCACAGACCACCAGGAGUUCAGGGACUUUUUACUCGUCAAACUAAUAAAUGGAGAGAAAGCCACUCUUGAGACCCCCACGUUUGCUCAGAAGCGUCAGAGGACUCUCGACAUGCUGAUUAGAUCUCUGUACCAGGACCUCAUGCCAGACCUGCAUAAGGCUCCCUUCUCUCCUCAGAACAUGCUGAAUCGGCGGUCCUUUAGCGACGUGCUGCCUGAGUCGCCCAAGUCUGCUCGCAAGAAGGAGGAGGCGCGGCAGGCUGAGUUUGUCCGGAUAGGCCAGGCACUGAAGCUGAAGACCAUAGUCCGUGGGGAUGCUCCUACCAGUCUAGUCAACACGGGUCUCUGCAGAAAGGAGCCAUGGGAGUCUCAGUCCUUCUGCACUAGCUUUACAUACGACAUUGUGGCUGGAGAUUCUUGGGGUCAGUCACUCCUGGUCGCCACGGAGUCCGCGGGGGUCAUGCUCUUAGAAGCAUCAGACCCACUACUCUGCAAUGCAGACUCUUCGUCCCUUCCUCCGGUGCAAGUGUUCGACAAGACCCUCACAGUCAAACAGAUGCAUGUGCUCGAGCCACUGGACCUUCUCAUCAUAAGGGCCGAUAAAGGGAAGGAUGCCCGUCUGUACGUGUACAGACUGAGCACGCUCAAACGGGGCGUAGAGGAGCGGCAACUCGUCCGCACCAAAGGCGACAGCAGAGAGAACAAGCUAGAGAAAACCAGGGGCUGCCAUCUCUACUCCAUAAACACGCACCAUGGGGCGGAGCUUCGUAUUGUUGCGGCGAUAAGGAACAAGCUCCUCCUCAUCACAAGGAAACAGCCGCGCUGUGAUUGCCUUACGUUCGUUGGCAUGAGUACCGGAGCCAGCGAUUCGCCGGUGGAGGAGUUCCAGUACAUCCGGGAGAUCUGCCUGUGCGAUUCCCCAGUCAUCAUGUCGCUGGUCGAUGGGCCGACGGGCGAGAACGACCACAUGAUCUGUGUGGCGUAUAAGCAUCAGUUCGACCUGAUCAAUGAGAGCACUGGCGAUGCCUACAGAUUGCACCACGUUGACUCCAACCGGGUGAACUUCGUAGCAGCCAUAGACGUGUAUGAAGACGGGGAGGCUGGGCUACUGCUCUGCUAUAAUAAUCUCUGCACUUAUAAGAAAGUGUGUCCAUUUAAUGGGGCCACACCCAUGAUUCAACCCAACUCAUCUGACUUCCAGUUCAGCUGGAAUCAAAUGCCCAACAGCAUUGUGUGUGCGUUUCCCUACAUACUGGCGUUUACCACCGACUCCAUAGAGAUCCGGUUGGUGGUCAAUGGUAACCUGGUGUACACAGCUGUGGUUCCUGAGCUCCAGCUGAUUGCUUCCAGGUCCGACAUCUACUUCAUGUCAUCAGCGCCGGUGAACUCUGCCUCCAACUGUAGCUCCAGAGACACCAGUUCCCAGAGUUCUCCUCAAACACCCACAGGCUAUGAGAUGCCCAUUUUCCCGUCACCCCUUGGAGAUGAUUGUAUUCGGAUUCCCUACGGCACCAAGCUUUCCCUCUACAUGUCCAAAGACUCUGAAGGAGAAGCUCCGUCCAAGCAUAUCUAUAAAAUCCCGCUGAGUAACCUAGUUGGGCGGAGCAUAGAGAGGCCUCUCAAGUCCCCAUUGGUCAAUAAGGUGCUUACGACGCCCGCCCCCGGGGUGACAGCACCCGUCCCUGUGAUCCCGGCCACGCCCUCCCUCUCGCUGUCCCGCAUGGAGAUCAAAGAGAUCGCUAGCCGAACGCGGAAGGAACUGCUGGGUUUAACUGAAGAGCCCAGCACCAAGGCAGACAGCAGCUCUCUUAAACAGAGGAAGCUGAACAAGAAAACAAGAGAGGACGAGAAACGGAGAACAGGAGGGAUAAGCACUGAGCGAGUCGGACUGGAGUGUGUCGAUGGGGACAUUGACAUCCAACGGCAUUGCUCCUCUGGCUUGGAGGUGGAGACUCACGAGGAGAGCCCGCCCAUGGCCAGUACUUUAACACUCUUGACUUCCUUUGAGGAGGACAUUUUGGAUCUGAAGUGAUGACAAUCCCACAACACACCUCUGAAACCCCUGCUUAAACCUACCCGCCGUCCAUAUUGUUUGGGUUUUUUUGUACAAUUUAUUUUUGGAUUUUUUUUUGUAUGUUUACUUACUCAUCUGCAGUAUGUGAUGUACAAAUGGAUCCCCAAAGCUUUACCCCUGAGUGAGUUUACAUUAAUCUGUGUGAUGAAGGUAAAAAAUGCGCUUGUGCGUGUAUGUGUGUGUGUGUGUUUAUGUAUAUAUGUGUGUGUGUGUGUGUCUGUCUGUCUGUCUGUCUUGUUUAAUGAGACUUAAGUUGGACUUAUCGACACGGUCAUGCAAAACGCUGUAAGGAUCAGAAUCACGUGGAUGAGCGCCAGGAUCAGGACUUUGAAAUGGCUCCCUUCAUCUUUUGAAUUCAGUGGGCUGCAGAGACACAGGUCCCAGAUCAGGUUUCAAACAAACAGAGCUUUAUAAGAUAUACUCUUAAGGUUAAUUUAGCCCUGGAAAACAAAAAUUUACAAUUUCAGGUCAAAGGUUUGACCCAUGACAAAACAAAGCAUCAUGAACCAAGCCUAACUGUAAGACUAAAACGCCUGAAACAAAACACUACAUCUAUAUUAACUCACAUGCUGUAAUUGCACAAUGUGAUUACUUUAGAGUUACUACACAGAAAUAAGAAUAACUAUAUAAUAAACUAGUAUAAUAACA